CUUGUGAUACGGUGACUUGACAUGCAUAUGUGUCGAUCACAGAUAAGACUUUACAUUCAAUGUAAUAAUCGAAGAAACUCGAAGUAUAUGCAACACAAACAGAUCGAUGAUCAUAAAUAUACACAACUUUUUUUGUGUAUUUGCAAACACACUUUGGAAAUUUUAAAAGAAAAUAUAGAUAACAUUGCAAUAACCUACACCGAAAAUACUUUGAACCGAUUUGAAGUCAGUAGCAACAACAUUAAUGCAAUGAACAAUCAAGUCCAAGCUACAACGAAUUCAGGUGAUAUGACAACCUCCACUUUUGAUUUACCGAAAAUAACACCAAACCAACAAAUAUUUUCACUAAAUUCAAUUACAAAUCAAAUAACACAAUUGUCACCGAGCCAAACAAUAUGCGAUCUCGGUCCAAUGGAUAGGUUAUUGAUUGUGCCGGCCGGUGUUACCAAACAACAAUUGGCUAAUUGUUUAAUACAGACAAUAGAUAAAUAACUCAACAAAUGCAGUCAACACUUACUUGGCCACAUUCAAACCACGGAAAAAUUUAGCAAUAUCCUGAUCACUACUCUGCCAUGGAAGACCACGAGCUCGAACUAUACACUGUCCGUCGACUUCGUCAUCAAUUGAACUAUUUUGGAUAGAAAAAAAUCAAAUUCGAUUUUAUAAGAAAUAAAAUGUGUAAAUUUUAUGAUUUCAUUCGUCACGCAAAUCGGUUAUUAAUAAUGACCAAACAAUAAAAUUGUAAUUAAUUUCA